UAAAGGCCGGCGAAACGUCGUAGUGUGGUCAACAACUGAAACGACAGGACGGAAGUUAACAUCUAGGAGGUAGCGGAGUUAUAACAUCUUUCCACCGGCCCUUAACACCAUGGCUGAACCGGAACAGGCGCCCCAACAAGAAGCAAAGGCGACCGUGCAGAAGCAAGUCAUCGCAAGCAAGGUUACCGGCACGGUGAAAUGGUUUAACGUUAAGAGUGGAUAUGGGUUUAUCAACAGAAAUGACACCAAGGAGGAUGUUUUCGUACAUCAAUCGGCAAUUGCCAAGAACAACCCUAGGAAAGCGGUGCGUUCAGUCGGUGAUGGGGAGAUCGUAGAGUUCAACGUCGUCGUUGGCGAGAAGGGCAACGAGGCCGCGAACGUGACGGGCCCGGACGGCGAGGCAGUGCGCGGCUCCCCAUACGCAGCCGACCGCCGGCGCGGAUAUCGCCAAUGGUAUUAUCCGCGUGGUCGCGGCUCUCGCGGCAGAGGACAAGGCCGCCCGAGGGACCAAGGCGAACACGGUGAACAUGACUACGUCGGCGGCGAGGGCAAAGAGGGCUCUGGCUCCGGCGGUGACGGGCAAGAGAGCGGCCCGGCAAGGCGCUUCCGCCCACGUAGAGGAGGUGGUCGCGGCGGUGGCUAUGGCGGUUACUACCGCGGGCCAUACCGCGGCGGACCGGGUGGCGGAGGUGGCGGCCCCGAUGAGGAGCACGGCGGAGACGGCGAGAAUGCGCGCGGUCGCGGUGGACCAGCAAGGCGCUUCUUCCGCAGAAACUAUCGUGGUGGCCGCGGAGGCGGUAGACGACCACGCUCGCAGGACGGCCAGGCAGAACAAAGUGGUGAAGAGGGACCCCGUGGACCUCCGCGUACCCGCUUCCGCAGGCGCGGCGCUGGACGUACUCGCGGCGAAAACUCACAGUCUGAUUCUGCCCCCAAACCAAAGGCUGAUAAUGCGAAUGGACAAGUUAAGGCUGAAGAAAGCCAGCCUGUGCAAAAUACCACCACAGAGAGCACAGCUUAAGCUGCUGUGCCCUACAACAUCAACAACACACAGUACACAGGCAUAACAACACAAAGAAAACACAAAAAAGCAUAACUAUAAUCAGCAUAAUGUUUAAUACAACAACUUAUUAGUGCGUGAGUUUUAAUAAUAUAAACAAGCAGACAAAGGCAUUUCAAACGCGGGGGGUAAUAACUACUACUCUAAAAUUAAAACUUUGAAAAAAAAUCAUAGCAAGCUCGGCUUACUCGUAGAAUCGCGUAUUUUUAUAAAAAUGAUCCAUUGUUUCGGUCAAAGCCGUGUUUUGACUUCGAUGCCAUCAGUUUCUCAUCUGGCGGCGCUCGAAUGGAAAACUUGAACAUUUUUGAUACUUUUUAUAUACACAUAUGAUAUAUAUUUCGUAACGAUGGAACUUUUCUAAAAAAAUGUGACGUAAACUGUAAUGAUAAUUUGUACACGAAACGCAAUCUCUCGUCGUGACGCGCCAAUUCGUCCGCAUCCGAUUUGAUUUUCGCUCUCGUCUCGCGCGGAAUUUUGUAUCUGUAACGUCUUUGAAAUGUCUUGUGACGACCUUAUGUCUAGCUGCGAUUGAUUUCUUAUAACCAAAACAUAAAAAAAAAACACAAAGAAAAUGCAACGGUUUAGAGUUUCGACUAACUAACUUUGGAUCGGUGUGAACAAAAAAAUGUUGCAACACCUCUCAUUUUUCGACAACAAAAUACUCUUUUCUCGAAUCGGGGAAAGGCAGGUACAUACUUUAUACCGGACCGAAAAAAAAACACAAAAAAAUACGCAAAACGUAAAAAAACUUGCGAAUAGACUUUUAAUCGAGAGGCGCGCGGUGGUAAUUUCGCAAAUACUCGUUUCGAGCGAAAAUUCUCGUGUUGGAGGUGAAGGAAAGCCGUCCGGGCGUCGGUCGGAUGUUUCGGCAGCAGUUGAGGGUUUUGAUUGUCAAAUCACUUCGAUUUGCUCUGGGGGUUAAAUUUGAAUUUUUUCUUUUUUUUCUGUGGAAUGCGUGUUCUUUUUUUUUUGCUUGAUUAAAUAAUCAUUUUAUACACAACCACACACAUGAAUUGGUGCAACCAAAUUUCAAUCGUCAGUCAAAAAUGAAAAGGAUCGAGUUGGGUGAUGAAACAUACGGAAUUAAUGUAAUUUAUGUUUGUUUUUAACUUUGUUGGAAUUGAUUUAUUUUCCUACAUGGCAAAAACUGUUGUUGAAAUGUUAAUAAAAUGUCUAUUCUCUGCAA